CCAGGUGAGAUGUUGGUGAGCAGGUAAAAAAAGGAGGAUUUGCCUAAGCGAUUCCAGGGAGCGGGCCCAGUCGAGCCCUACAGCCCAUGCCCGGCGGGGACCCGUCGCCAGGAGCGCCGAGACGCGAUGUCCAUACUUGCCAAAAUGGGGGACUGGCAGGACCGUCACGACGGCACCAGCAACGGGACGGCACGGUUGCCCCAGCUGGGCACUGUAGGUCAAUCUCCCUACACGAGCGCCCCGCCGCUGUCCCACACCCCCAAUGCCGACUUCCAGCCCCCCUACUUCCCCCCGCCCUACCAGCCCAUCUACUCCCAGUCGCAAGAUCCUUACUCCCACGUCAACGACCCCUACAGCCUGAACCCCCUGCACGCCCAGCCGCAGCCGCAGCACCCGGGCUGGCCCGGCCAGAGGCAGAGCCAGGAGUCUGGGCUCCUGCACACGCACCGGGGGCUGCCCCACCAGCUGUCUGGCCUGGAUCCGCGCAGGGACUACCGACGGCACGAGGACCUCCUGCACGGCCCGCACGGGCUUGGCUCCGGACUCGGAGACCUCCCGAUCCACUCCUUACCUCACGCCAUCGAGGACGUCCCGCAUGUAGAAGACCCGGGUAUUAACAUCCCAGAUCAAACUGUAAUUAAGAAAGGCCCCGUGUCCCUGUCCAAGUCCAACAGCAACGCCGUCUCCGCCAUCCCCAUUAACAAGGACAGCCUCUUCGGUGGCGUCGUGAACCCCAACGAAGUCUUCUGUUCAGUUCCGGGUCGCCUCUCGCUCCUCAGCUCCACCUCGAAGUACAAGGUCACGGUGGCGGAAGUACAGCGGCGCCUCUCACCGCCCGAGUGUCUCAACGCUUCGCUGCUGGGCGGAGUGCUGCGGAGGGCGAAGUCUAAAAAUGGAGGAAGAUCUUUAAGAGAAAAGCUGGACAAAAUAGGAUUAAAUCUGCCAGCUGGGAGACGCAAAGCUGCCAAUGUCACCCUGCUCACUUCACUAGUGGAGGGAGAAGCCGUCCACCUAGCCAGGGACUUUGGGUACGUGUGUGAAACCGAAUUUCCUGCCAAAGCAGUAGCUGAAUUUCUCAACCGACAACAUUCCGAUCCCAAUGAGCAAGUGACAAGAAAAAACAUGCUCCUGGCUACAAAACAGAUAUGCAAAGAGUUCACCGACCUGCUGGCUCAGGACCGAUCUCCUCUGGGGAACUCGCGGCCCAACCCCAUCCUGGAGCCCGGCAUCCAGAGCUGCUUGACCCACUUCAACCUCAUCUCCCACGGCUUCGGCAGCCCGGCGGUGUGCGCCGCGGUCACGGCCCUGCAGAACUAUCUCACCGAGGCCCUCAAGGCCAUGGACAAAAUGUACCUCAGCAACAACCCCAACAGCCACACGGACAACAGCGCCAAAAGCAGUGACAAAGAGGAGAAACACAGAAAGUGAGGCUCUCCUCCCGCCCAGCCCCUCCCCCCAGCGCCCACCCACUCUGUCUCACCCGCACCGACCACCCCCCGGCAGGUGACAGCCCCGGGAUCAGCAACCCCCACUGCUGCUACUGCUGCUGCUGCCGCCGCCGCCGCCGCCUUCAGCCCUCCCGCCUGGGAGUCUGGGGACUGCUCUGCACUGUCAGCGGGGCGGCCCCUGCUGACUCAGGCCCUGCCUCAACUUCCCCAUCAGCAUCCACCCUUUGCCCUCAUGUGGAGCCUAAGAACAGAACAGGCCGUGAAGCCAGCAAAGAAAAGUUCUGUCGGAGUUUGUGAACUUUUUUUUUUUUUUUAAAUAAAUAAAAACCCCACACAUCAACAAUGGCAACAACAACAAAAACUUAAAACUUUUUUUUCUAAAAAAAGAACGUAAAAAUUAAAAAAAAAAUUAUAUGAGCUUCAUGGGACUGAAUCACCACCUUCUCUUACAUACUUCAGUUCAGAUUGUAGCCAUACUUAAACAAGGCAAAAGGAUAAUGACAUUUUUAUCAGUAUUGUGAAUAAACUUGAACACAAAUACACGAAGUUCCAUGUCAUGUCUCAGUUGUAGAAGUUUUUCCUCUUCAAGGUAAAGCGACCAACUUGAACUUUCUCUGGCAACACGAUUCAGUUAUAUAAGGGAAUCAGUGUUCAUGUCUCUGUAUAUAUUUAUUUAUGUGUAAUUUAAUGGGAAGUGUAAAUAUGGUGAGUCUGUUUUAAGCCUUUUUUAUUUAUCUGGUGAUCUCGUUUACCUCUUGUUUAGUGGGUUUUGAAUCUUCCCUAUUAGUUCUUCAUGUGGUUCAUGGUACUUAUUUAGAAAUUCAAGGUUUGGGGGGAUUCCUUUUUCCUCUGGGAUUCAUGAAUUUAGCAUGUUAAAGAUGACAAUGAAACAGCUGAACAAAUAAAAAACAAGUAAAGUAACAUUUUAUAUACAAUUAGAAUUACAUUUAGCUUUUCAUUGAACGGAAAGAAAAAUUGAUAUUGGACCUGGGAAAGAUUUUUAAACUUGAGUGGUUUCAUAACCCUUCUAUGUAUUAUGGGGAGGGGGAAAAAGUUAAUUUUAUUCCACCAUCCUCCCUUAAAAGCAUCAUUUGAGCAAUAAAUGGGUAUUGUCUUUAAACCAAGGGUUAGGGAUUUUUUUUCCUCUCUUUCUCUCUUUUUGUUCAAAGAACUUCAAACAUUUGGGACCACCUGGCAUUCUGUAUUUUCACUGGCCAUUUUGGAAACAGUUCUAGUUGUAUUGUAUUGAGUUGUGCUGGCAGUAGUUUCCAUGCCUGUCAAUGUAUCAUAGUCCUUUGUUGCCCAGAUAAAUAAAUAUUUGAUACGCUUUA